UUCAAAAUGUGUCCAUAUUGAGAGGAUUUCUUAUUCAAGGCAAUAGCUGUUCCCGAACAAGAUCGUCAUGGCGGCGUUGAGCAAGGCAGACUACUUAAAGCGGUAUAUAUCUGGCGAUCCUGCUCUUGAGGACAAAAAGAAAAAGAAAAAGAAGAAGCUGAAAAAGAUUUUGAAGACACACUCUAGAGUGAAAAUAGUGGAUGAUGAUGUUGACUUAAAGAGUCUGUUACCUGGCAACCUUGAGAAUACUUUAGAGGAAGAUGUUGGAGACAAUGAGCCAACCAUAGCAGAGAUUGUGGACGAGAGACCGGAGGAAGUUCAGCGGCUGGAAAAGUAUCGCCAGGAUGACAGUGAGCAUGAAAAUACUGAAAAUGAUGAUGAUCAUAUACAUCAUGAAUGUAGACAUGAUUCUGAUUCUGACCAAUCACCAGUAAGGAAAGGAAGACAUGAUUCCGAUUCUGACCAAUCACCAAUGAGGAAAGGAAGACAUGAUUCUGAUUCUGACCAAUCACCAGUGAGGAAAGGAAGACAUGAUUCUGAUUCUGACCUAUCACCAGUGAGAAAAAGCAAACACGACUCAGACUAUGACCAAUCACCUGCAAGGCAGCAUCAUUCAAAUAAAACUAAUAAACUGUUAAGUCAAAGUAAAAAUGGACGUAGAUUAUCACCAGCUCACAGUGCUUCCAAAUCAAAGUCAGAAAUACCUGCCCAAUCGCCUCCCAGAAGAAAAAGUAUGGAUUCAGAUUCUGACCAGUCACCACCAAGGAGGCAAAGGAAGGGUUCAGACUCUGACCAAUCACCUCCAAGGAGGAACAGGAAGGAUUCAGACUCUGACCAGUCACCUCCAAGGAGGAAAAGAAAGGACUCAGACUCUGACCAGUCACCUCCAAGGAGGAAAAGAAAGGAUUCAGACUCUGACCAAUCACAUCCAAGGAGGAAAAGAAAGGACUCAGACUCUGACCAAUCACCUCCAAGGAGGAAAAGAAAAGGUUCAGAUUUGGAGCAAUCACCACAAAGAAAACAGAAAGCUAAAGACAGCUUAGUCAAACCUCAAAAAACACUGUCAGGUGCCAAAGCUGGACUUUCGUCAGCAAAAGAUGUUCGUAAAGAGACUGAACUCUUGAGAAAACGCCAUGAUGCAGCAUUUAACAAGAUCGAUGAGGAAUUAUUGGGCAAGAACGCACGCACUGUGUUCAGGGAUCGGAAAACGGGCAAACGGCGAAACCUGAAAGAAGAACAAGACAAGCAGGACGAGGAAAACGCAAAGAAACUGGAAGAAGACAAAAAAUAUGAGUUGUGGGGUAAAGGUUUAAAGCAGGUGUCAGAGCAGGACCAAGCUGUUAGCGAUGCUAUCCACGAGAUGUCUAAGCCGUUAGCGCGAGCGCGUGAUGACAAGGACCUGGAUGACAUGCUGCGUAAGAUGGACAGAGAGGGAGAUCCUAUGGCUGCCUUUCUCACCAAGAAAGCCACCAGCAAGAAAACCAAAGAAAAGCCACAAUUUAAGGGCCCUUACCCCCCAAACAGGUUUGGUAUUCGCCCUGGUUACAGAUGGGACGGUGUGGAUAGGUCAAACGGAUUUGAGAAACAGUAUUUUGCCAAAAUGGCCGACAGGAAAGCUACCAAUGACAUGGCCUAUAAAUGGAGCAUAGAGGAUAUGUGAAAAACAGAAUUGUGUGUAUCCAUGAAAUCUCCAUGUUUGGUACAGCAAGAGUGAGGAAUAGUGUUUUUUUGUUUUUUUUCUGAGUUGAGGAAAAUUCAUCUGAAGAGAUUGCAAACCAGGAAACCUUUUAAAGUGAAGUGCUUGAUGGUGCGUGGAACUUAUGCAUAAUACCACUGACACACCAGUACAUAUGUAUCGACGUUCAAUGAUGGAGUGUGGAGCUUGUCCAUAAUACCACCCGCCAGUACAUGUGUAUCGGCGUUCACUGAUGGAGCGUGGAGCUUGUCCAUAAUACCACCCGCCAGUACAUGUGUAUCGGCGUUCACUGAUGGAGCGUGGAGCUUGUCCAUAAUACCACUGACCCACCAGUACAUGUGUAUCGGCGUUCAUUGAUGAAGCGUGGAGCUUGUCCAUAAUACCACCCGCCAGUACAUGUGUAUUGGCGUUCAUUGAUGAAGCGUGGAGCUUGUCCAUAAUACCACUGACCUGCCAGUACAUGUGUAUCGGCGUUCAUUGAUGGAGCGUGGAGCUUGUCCAUAAUACCACUGACACACCAGUACAUAUGUAUCGGCGUUCAUUGAUGGAGCAUGGAGCUUGUCCAUAAUACCACUGACACACCAGUACAUGUGUAUCGGAGUUCAUUGAUGGAGUGUGGAGCUUGUCCAUAAUACCACUGACCCGCCAGUACAUGUGUAUCGGCGUUCAUUGAUGGAGCGUGGAGCUUGUCCAUAAUACCACUGACCCGCCA